UAAACAAAUUACUAUGAUUUUGAUGUCGAUCGCUUCAGCAUAACAUAUUCUAGGUUUUUAGAUUUCGCUGUUUUUUUUAAUAUUUUUGUUUUGUUAUUUUUGAAAAAAAAAAAACGAAAAACCUAAUUUUUCAUUGUGUUAAAAUCAUACUAAAAAUCAUAGAGAUAGGAAAAUAUUUAGAAGUGGAAAAACGUUGUUUUCUUUUUGUAUGCUGCACGAUCACAUAGUAUACUGCCCUCUUGGUUGCUGUUACCAAUGUUUCCACCAAUCACAGCCUGCCUUGGCGACAAUGCGCGACGCGGUAUGCGUGAGAUUCGCACAUGCAUGUUUAUAAAAGUAGUAUUUAUUUGUUUGAGUAUUGUAUUUUAUCCAGACGCAUAGCCAUAGCCUAAAGUUUAGUUAGGUUUUUGUCAGUCGGAGAUAAGAUUGCUUGUUCUAACAUUAUCUGUAUAAUAUAAGUAUUUUAUUAUUUAAAUCGCUUUCACAUAGAGAUAGAGAAAAUGGAGUGCAAAUUUUCAAUAAGAGAUUUCUACAAAGGCAAAAACAUUCUGGUGACCGGGGGCUGUGGGUUCAUGGGCAAGGUGCUGGUCGAGAAACUGCUAUACACCAUUCCGGACAUCGGGAGAGUGUACUUACUGCUGCGGCCGAAGAGGGGAAAGACUGUGCAGCAGAGGCUGGAACAUAUGCUUAGUUCUCAGAUGUUUGACAGACUCAAACGCGAUCAGAAAGGAGCUAUCCAGAAAAUUAUUGUAAUACAAGGCGACGUUCUCAUAGCUGACUUAGGUAUAUCUAGUGAAGAUAUGAAGACCCUUUCGGAGGAAGUGUCUGUAGUGUUCCAUAUGGCAGCCACUUUGAAAAUGGAAGCCACACUGAAAGACAGUAUGGAGAUAAAUACCGUGGGGACCCAACGCGCUCUUAGCGUCGCCAGGAGGUUCAGGAACCUGGUGAUCUUUGUUCAUGUGUCGACAGCGUUCUGUUAUCCUGACUAUGACGUUUUAGAAGAAAAGUUCCACGAUCCACCAGCAGACCCCUAUGACGUCAUCCGCCUCUGCGAAUGGCUGGACGACAAACAAAUAUCUCUCCUCACGCCAUCCCUGCUGGGCAAGCACCCCAACACAUACACGUUCACGAAGCGGCUAGCGGAAAGCUUGGUCCACGAGGCCUAUCCGGACAUACCUUGCGUUAUUGCUAGGCCUUCGAUUGUUUGCCCCGCAUACCUCGACCCUAUACCCGGCUGGGUAGACAGCCUCAACGGGCCCGUGGGUCUGUUGCUGGGGGCCAGCAAAGGUGUCAUCCGGACCAUGCUCUGUGACGCCAGUAUAUAUGCACAAGUCAUUCCUGUGGACGCGGCCAUCAAUGCCAUAAUAGCACUCGCAAUGAUUGAGGCGACUAAGAAAAAAUCUGAAAACAUACCUGUAUAUAACUUGAAUGUGGGACACCUAAAACCAACGACUUGGGGUGAAGUGUUAAACUACGCUAAAGAGAUAGGAUGGAAAUAUCCUAUGGCUUGGCCUUUGUGGUACCCCAACGGAGACAUUACUACAAACUAUGCAUUACACGAAACCAAACGCAUUCUUUUUCACCUAGUGCCGGCAUAUCUCAUUGAUUUUGUCCUCUUAAUAGCUAGGCAGAAACGAAUCAUGGUAAGGAUACAGGAAAUAAUCUCAAAUGGGUUGAAGCUAUUGCAAUACUUUACUACGCGGGAAUGGCAUUUUCCCUGUCCUAAUUACGAUGCUAUCCAUACAAUAUUGUCAGAGGAAGAAGACCAAAUGUACCAAACGUAUAAAGAAGACUUUGAUAUAGAGUCGUACUUAUGCAAAGCUGUGGAGACAGGACGAGUUGUCUGCUUUAAGGACGACCUCUCGAAAAUGCACAUCUACAAAAUGUAUUAUUAUUUUCUGUACGUAUUGGAUAUGGUAGUAAAGCUCGUGUUCUGGUGUUUCGUGUUGUCGCUGCUGGUCAGGAGCUGCGAGCCUCUGCGCGAGUUGCUGGCCCUCGGCGGGCCGGUGCUCAAAUAUCUGCCGUUCCUGGGCGAAGCUAUAAGUACUUAAACACUAAUUUGUGGUGCAUUCAUGUAUUUAUUUAUUUAUGUUGGGGUCAAAUCUUGAAAGCUAAAUUAGACCCACUUCCCAUUUUAUUAUUCGAUUGAGCGGAAACUUCACAUAGGUACAUAAUUAUGUAAGUUGACAUUGCAAUAUUAUGGUACCAUCGCCUAGACUGCUACUACUGGGACUAGAUGGAUCUGUGUAAAACUGUCCUAUAUAUGUCCUGUAUAUUUAUUUGUUUUAUUCAUCGAGCUUACCUGAUCAUGGACACGUGAGUAGGCCAUAUGAACUCUGUGAUAAAACCACGCAACCUAAUUGUGUUUGGGGUUGUUAAAAUUGUCAAGAUGAGUAUUAGUUUUCCAUUAAAAGAAAAGUAGUCAGCGAUAAAAACUUGUAGCAAAAAUGAAAGUUGUAACAAAAAAUUGAUUUUAUCUUUACUCAGGUACUUUUUUAACAUUUUACACACGAAAGUCGACUAGGUAUAUUAUAAGUUACAAAAAACGGAUUGGAAAUGUUUGGUAGCAUUACGCGUAUAACUGCAAUCUCAACAGAAACGAACUGAUGCCACAACAUAAUAGCAUUUUGUGCAACAGGUACAUAAAAAUGGUUCUUAAAAUUCAAGGAACGAAGAUAAAGACAAAAAGAAGUUAAAGAGAGGUUCGAGAAUUUUAGGCCGAAUUAUGUAACACAAUAUUUUUUCUAAGACAGCAGCAAACACCUAAAAUUAUAAAUAAAAUCAAAGUAAAUAUUGGUUUGUAGAUCUUUGUCUAGAAGUCAGAAUAUAAAAAAUCAUAAUAUUGUAUGAAUAUAUUAUUAGGAUCCAAAAGAUAAGCCCCCCUCCCUUGCGCUUCUAAAGAAGUUAAUUUCGAUCUCACCAGCUGUCUCAUUUAAUCGUUAAAUAAAAGGGCUGCAGUAGAAAAAGCCCUAAAAUCGUUCAGCUAAUUCUUGAAAUACACUCUCACAAUGGAUUUCCUUUUGUGUUCUCUAUCAAGUACUUAUACCUAAUUAUCUACUGCCCACCUGAAUCUGCUGUCAAAUAUCAUGAAAUAUUUAAUAAAAAUAAAUUUAGCCUGUUCCGGAUAUAAUUAUUUGGUAUGUUUGCAUUGGAACGAAGCAUGUUGCUGAUUUGCAAUUAUUAUCUUACAUAUUUUUUU